GGGCGCUGAUUGGCCGGCCCGUGAAGGAAGCCAGGCGCGGGUGAGGAGGCGGUGGGAAAGGGUCUGGCUCUGCGAGGGAGCCCCAGAGUCCCAGGCACCAUGGCGGAGGACCUGUCCCAGUCGCUCUUCCUGCAGCACCAGUACAUGUGCUCCGAGUGCGGGCUGCUCUACGACACGCUGGAAGCAGUGCUGAUCCACCACCAGAGCCACCUCCCGGAGACCCCUACUCCUCCUGCGGAAGAAGGAGCCAUGGCCCCGACUCAGGAGAGCAGCAGGUUCCAGUGCCUGGAGUGCGGCUGUGCCCUGGGCUCCCCGGACGAGCUCCUGGCCCACCAGGAAGUGCACCCCAGGGAGGUCCCCUCCCGGCCCCCGCCUGCCCCGGGGCAGAUCCGCUACCAGUGCAACGAGUGCCAGGAGCUCUUCCCCUCCACCGCCCUCUGGCUGGCCCACCGACGGGCCCACCGCCAGAAAGAGCCGGCCGCAACAGCCUGCCCCUCGCCUCCCCUUCCGCCCUCCCUUCCACCCGCCCCACCAGUGCACCCCUACGAAUGCUCCGAGUGCGCCGGCCUCUUCCUGACCCCUGAGGAGCUGCUGGAGCAUCAGGGAGAGCAUUUCACGGAGAUCGAGAAGGAGAGCGCAGAGCCCCCUGAAGGCACGGUGGCGGCAGCGGCGGUUCAAGAAGCAGCCAGCCCCCAAACAUCUCCAUUGCGGGGCCCCGAAGAAGACGCCCCCCUGCCCGCGUCGCCCUCCAACAAGGUGCUCAGCUGCUGCGAAUGCAAGCAGGCCUUUGCCUCAGCGGAGGCCCUGGAGCAGCACCGGCUGGAGCAGCAUGCGCGGACCCAGCCGGAAGAGUUCCUCUGUGGGGAGUGCCAGCGCGGCUUCACCACGGCCAAGCGGCUGUUGGCGCACCAGCGGGCGCACAUGGACGGCACCUACGAGUGCCCCAACUGCAACAAGAUCUUCAAGAAGGCGGCCUCCCUGGAGCAGCACAUGCGGGUGCACAAGGGGGAGGCGCUCUACCUCUGCGUGGACUGCGGCCUGGGCUUCUCCACCGAGAUGACGCUCGUCACGCACCGCAAGAACCACACCGCCAAUCCCCUGCACCGCUGCCACUGCGGCAAGGCCUUCAGCAACAUGACCAAGUUCCUGUACCACCGGCGCACACACGCGGGCAAGAGCGGGGUGCCCCCCACCCGAGGGAACGUGAAGCCGGGGCUCGGCAAGCAGCCCCUGGAGCCAGUCCCGAGCGAUGGGGAGCCGGUGGUCAACGGCGGCAGCAGCGGUGGCGGAGGGGCCUCCCCCAAGCCCCCCUCCUCCACUUCCUCCCCAAAGAAGGGGCCGGGAGCAGAGGCCAGCGGGGCGGGCUUCCUGUGCCCGCAGUGUGGCAAGGGCUUCUCCACCUACCUCCGGAUGGUGCGCCACAAGCGGGUGGUGCACGUCCUGGAGCGCAAGCACAAGUGCCCCAUGUGCAGCAAGAAGUUCAAGAAGCUGGUGCACGUGCGGAACCACCUGCGCACCCACACCGGGGAGCGGCCCUUCCAGUGCUCCGAGUGCGGAAAGACCUUCGUCUCGCAGGCCAACCUGGCGCGGCACCACAUCACCCACACUGGGGAGCGCCCCUACCAGUGCCAGGUGUGCGGCAAGCGCUUCACCCAGUCCUCCAACCUCCGCCAGCACCGCCUCCUGCACCUUGUGCCCGCCCGCCAGGGCCCCCACACCUGCCAGGACUGCGGGGCCACCUUUGCCCGCCCCUACCAGCUGGCCCUGCACCAGGCGGCCCACAUGGGCAGCCUGCCCUUCCCCUGCCCCGAGUGCGAGAAGACUUUUCCCCGGCGCUGCCUCUUGGAGCUGCACCGGCUCAGCCAUGCUGGGCGCGAGCCCCACCGCUGCCCGGACUGCAAUGCCCUCUUCGUGGAGGCCGCCAAGCUGCAGGAGCACCGCUGUGCCCGCCGCCGGGAGCUGGGCCCCUCCCGGACAUACCCCUGCCUCUCCUGCGGCAAGUACCUGGGCUCCCCGGCCAAGCUGGCUGCCCACCAGCUGGCGCACUCGGGCCAGCGCCCAUUCCCGUGCCCGCUCUGCGGCAAGACCUUCACCACCCCGAGCGGGCUGAGCCGGCACCAGCAGCGCCACGCCGGCCUGCGGCCCCACAAGUGCCCUGUCUGCGGGAAGGGCUUCAUGGCGGCCUCGGGGCUGCAGCUGCACCAGCGCAUCCACACGGGCGAGCGCCCCUUCCCCUGCCCCGAGUGCGGGAAGGCCUUCCGGCAGGCCACCCACCUACAGGAGCACCGGCGGCUGCACACGGGCGAGCGCCCCUUCCGCUGCCGGGACUGCGGCAAGACCUUUGUGCAGUCCAUGCACCUGGCCGAGCACCGGCGCAUCCACACGGGUGAGCGGCCCCACCCCUGCCCCCUCUGCUCCCGGACUUUCAAGACCCUCUCCCACCUGCGCAGCCACCGAAAAACCCACGCGGAAGCGGAGCCUCAACAGGAGGCGCUGGUGCUGGCCACGCCGGACCCUUCGGCGGGAGCGACAAACGGAGGGGCGGCUGUCCAGCCUGUCCAGACCAUCAUGUGCACCGAGUUCGGAGAGACCAUCGCCAUCAUCGAAAGCGCUGAGCCGCUGCCCUUGGUGGAGACCAUCGAGAUCUAUCAAGCCACACUGGAAGGGAACCUCCAGGUCCACGCCUUCGUCUAGGAGCAAAGCCAAGGGACUCGGGGCUCCAGGCAGAGGCUGGUGUUGGAGCCAGGCUUUGGCCCGUGCGCCUCUUCUUCUGUGCCAUGGGCGUUUGUUCAAGUGUGCGUGUGUGUGCUAUGGACUCACCUGGGCCACCUCUGCACACCUAUUUCCAGUAUUUAUUUUUGCUUUUCUAAGAAAGGUUCCAAUACAUCUUUUUCCAGUUUUGUUUCUGCCAGAGAGGGUUGUGGGAGGCAGGGGGGAGGCUGAGGUCCUGCCCGCUCCCCAUUAAAUUAUUCCUCUGUGCUUUGAA